AUGCGCUCUCGGGUCUGGAUUCCAAAGGCAUCAAAUACAGGCAUUUGCAAAUGCGAUUGCAACGGAUGCGAUCCAUUUUUGAUGUUUAUAGCAUAUGUCCAUCAACUGCAUAUUCGUAUUGCAGUAGGUGCUUUAGAUUUGGUUUUUCGUCUGUGUGCCACAAACAUGGCUCGACAUCAACCCGGCCAAAAUGUGAGGAAAGCUAUGCAGCAGGUGACAUUAGAAAGAAGCAUAAAUGGCAACAACAUUCGCAUUGCAUUCGUGGAUUUUUGGUAG